ACAGAGUAAAACUAGGGUUUCGUGCUCUUUGUUUGGUUUCUGAGAAAUUGUAAGAAACGGAAAUGAAAAUUUUGAGAGUCGGAUUUUUGGUCCGGGACUUGAGAAAUGGCCAGCUUAAUUUUUCUUCGACCUUCUUCAGUUUUUUUCAGCAUCAAAGGAAAGGGGUCUACCAGUAUUUAUUUUUUUUAAUAGAGAUAGAUUAAGGCGGUUGCAUUUGGUUGCUGAGAAAAUUCAAAGUUAAUAAAAAUGGAUUAUUGGAGUUCUUAUAGCUGAGAUAAGGUUUGAGUUAGCUUCUGAAAAACUGAGCUUAGGGCUGACUUAGCUUCCAAGAUUUAAUCUACUGGCCCCUUUUGAUUUCUCAGCAACAUAAAGUAGGUUUAGAAGAAAAUUUGAAUUUCUAUACAUGUGUUGAUCUUCAUUACAUGUUUGUUUGGUAAGGAAUUGUUAAUUCUUCUACAAAGUAAAUUAAGGUUUACCAUGCUCCUUUUGGUUGCUGAAAAGAUAGAAGGAAUGAGAGUGAAAAACCAAGGCCUGAGGUUUUCUGCAUUUGGGACAAAGAGAAAAUGCUGGCUAGAUCUUUCCUUGAGCUUCUUCAAUUUUCUCCAGUUAAAAAGAAGUGGUUUGGUUGCAUUUUUUUUGUUGUUAAAUUUAGGUUAUAGUGACCAUGCUUCUAGCCAAUUUGGUGCUGGUUAAUGGUCUGUUUCGUUGCAGAGAAAAUUGAAAGCUGAUAGAAAUAAAGUAUUGGAGUUCUAUAACUAAUGUCAGGGCUGAGUCAUUUGUUUUUCCCUUUUGCUUUCUCAGCAUGCAAAAGACUAUGUAGAAGAAAAUCUCAAUCCUAUGGUUACACAUGUAGUGAUCAAUAUUGUGUGCUUGUUUUGACUGUUGGAGGCCUUCUGAUGGAGAUAUCAAGUGAAAAUCUACAGGAUUCAACCAUUUCUUCCAAUGAUGCUGAUCAAAACCAUGAUAGUGUGGUUCCUGUUCUCUUAAAUCAUGGAAGCACAGAAUCUGACCAGGACAUCCCUGAAGAAGAAGGUAGAGGCAUAUUGGAAGUCAUGGCAUCCACCGGAAAGUUUUGGCAUGAUUGGGACAAACUGAAGAAUUUGCUAUCCUUCCAGUUGAAGCAGGUCCUGUCAGAGUAUCCAGAGGCAAAAAUGACUACUGAUGAACAAAAUUCAUCAUUAGGAGAGACCUACCUGGAUUUGGUGAAAAGGUUGGAUGAAGUUCUUCUUAGCUUUAUUGAAGGACCUCCAUUUACCUUGCAGAGGCUUUGUGAGAUCCUAUUGGAUGCACAAAGCAUUUAUCCGUAUCUUUCAAAGCUUGCUCUAGCACUAGAAAAGAAUUUGUUGGUGACAUCGACUUUGGCCAUCUGCACCGACCCAUAUCCACCAACACUGGUGCAAAAACCAGAUGAACCACCAGAGAAAGGAAGCGAAGAACCAGUGCAGCACCAUGAUUUGGUUCAAAAUGGGGUUGAAGCUGAACCAACGCAAGGAGACAAAGAUGAAAUAAUGACUGAGGUGGAAGAAGCAGACAUUGAAGAAGACAUGACCAUCGACAUGGAGGCCCUUGAAGAAAUAGUUGUUGGAUCAUCAGAAACGAAUUCCACACCCCCCACCAAUUCUUAACCUUCCGGUGAGUACUUUCUCCAUCUCUUCACUUCUACAACACACUUAAAGCCCAUACAAUUUCCUCUUAUAGUGAGAAAUACACAGCCUCCUUAUGUUGUCAGUUUCUGAUCAUGGAAACCACAGAUCGUUUCCAUAGAUAAGUCCUAUUUAUAUUGCUUGGAUACUCUUAUCUAUAACACUGCCAAUGGUGAGGUAUCUUAAGUUGAAAUCAGUGUUAGGUCUUGACGACUCGGCUUCAUCUGCUGAGAAGAUGGGGAAGAAGAAGAUGAAGAAGAAGAAGGAAGAGGAAAUUCUGAAUGAGGUAAGGGAAUUUAAAAUCCAGUGGAUGAUGGGAUUGUUGUUCUUGUAUUGUAUUUUAAUACCAGUACAUGGGUGCAUGUUUCCUUACAUACCGUGAAGAACUUGUUGGCUUCUGGUUUGAGAAUAUAGUUUGUGGAGGGGUUCUUAGAUUGUUUCCAAAUUAUA